GACGGCCCAUUAGUCGAGCAAAUCAACUUAAUGAGAAGUACAGACAUGUUAAAUAUUAGUUAAAUAAUAGUGUGGAUACUUCUGAUCUAAUGUUAUCGACUUCUAUGUUACCUUUCUUCUACCUGUUAGUUCUGGCCUUCGCGAGGAUCGUAUUCAGCAAGCCUUCUGUGUUGUAACACAAUUUAACAUAGUCUAAAUCUCGAGCUAUAUACUUUUUCUCUAUGUAUUCGAACUUUCCCUUUAUUAACUUCAUUCCUUGCUUGCUUUCUUGACCUUUUUCGGUGCUGUUCGUGAAUUGUCGAAACUCAAAGACUUAUGUUUCCCUUCCCAAAAAAUGUCUUGAAAGGUUGAUUCUGGAUAUGUAGCAUGAUGGUUUAAGUUCGAACAAAUUUCCGUUGUUGGCGUAAUAAAUGCUCAUAUAUUGUGUUAAAUAAGACAUAUAUUCUCUUCUGUUUGAAACUAUGAUAUUUUAUUUUUUUCUUUCAGACAGCAAAUGGACUUCCUGGUGGAAAUAGAUGAUGAGUUGGACUAUGUUAGUUUAUGGUAUUUCUAUUAAUUUGAUUGAUUUGGCUAUUGAUUUCAAACUUUGUUUAUUGUGUAAUAAUAUUAUUAUUUGAACACUUAAAUAUUGGUACAAAGGGCACCGAAUACAUAUGCGCCACACAGAUCACUUGAUUUGUGUGUGGCUUGUAAUACUUCCCGGGUGCCCAGACCAAAGAAGGUGGUUUUUAGGGGUCACACCCGGAGCCUUCGACCUGAAGGUUUGAUCCUCAAGGUAGUGGAGCAACAUCAGGAGGUGCAGUCUCAUGGUAGCCGGUGACCAACAAUUGGUUCAUAAUCCAUUUGCUAUUUCAGGAUCCUGGAGCCAGCCCAUGUGCAUUAUUGGUUUGGAAUCAGGGUUUUCCAACUCCCUAGAUGGACUGUCGUUGUCUACCAACCCGGUUGGAGCGUCAAACAUUUGCUUUUCGUCCUCUUGAUUUCGUAAACAACAAGCAGUGUAGGAGUUCCUCGACAUUGGCUGUAUACGCGUGUUCAUGUGAGAGCAUUUCGAGAGAGAGAGAGAGCUAACUCUCCCCACCGUACCAGGGCAUUCAGGAGCAAUUGUAUAAUCCAUCGUUGAUAUUUUAUCAAUAUUAUGAGGUUAUUAUCUACAGUUGUAUCUAAUUAAUGGCUUGAUCCAAUUAUUUAGCUGCAAAGUACAACGCACGGAGUUUAUCUUUGUUCAUCCUCCCUUUGCUCGUUGUGUGGACACAUCUUUAUAAGUCUGACAUUACUUACUUCUGUUACCCCUCGUAGAGAAGCAUAAGCCACUCACCAGCAUUCUCCAUAGAACUCUGUUGUGGACAAUCCUUCCCGGUUGUUUCCAGUUUCCACUCAUUCUCUCGAUGUCUGCUUCCAAUCCCCGACGCAAUGUGUUCCAUGUUCUUCCUUGACUUUCUUUGCUCUUGUUUGACUGUUUUUAAUUCCUGUCUUCUUGUAUUUCCCUACUUAAACCGUGUACAGAGUUUCGAUGGAGAUCUACUCUUUGUGAUGAUGCUUCUUGCGUCUCAGAACCUCCUGUGACGUCGAAGUUAGUGCUUCUCUAAUCCGUUUUCAAUUGUCUUCUAUAGUAGUUUCCUCUUAUUGGAACCCAUUGCUGAGACUUAUUUUGAAUUCGCCAAUUUUAUCAGUAUUUUGAAGGAAGACUAUAUUAAACCCUUGUAAUGCUAUUUGUCUAGUUGUCCAGUGCUUCUUUAGUUUCAAUUUCAUCUUGGCAACCAUCAAGUGGUGAUUUGAAGCUAUGUCAGCUCCUCUCUUGGUUCUCACGUCUUCCGAUGACUUUUUGAAUUUCUUAUCGAUGCAAAUAUGAUCAGCCUGAUUCUCUGUGGUGUGGUUCGGUGAUAAGGAAGUGGCUUUGUGUGUGUAUUUGUGUGGGAAUAUUGUGCCGCCUAUAACCGAUUUGUUGAACUCACAUAAAUUUGCAAGUGUCUCACCACUUUCGUUUCUUUCUCCCAGUCCAUAUCGUCCUAUGAAAUCUUCGUAUCCGGUGUUAUCCAUUCUGACUUUGGCGUUUAGGUCUCCAAUCAGAGUGGUCAGGUCUUUUCUGGGCACCUCGCUGUGAUUUAUUGCAGCCUCUCAUAAAACUGAUCUUUAGUGUCAUCAUUGCUAUCAUUGGUUGGUGCAUAAAAUUAAAUGAAAUUCAUUGUAAUCCCCUUUUGAUGAUUCUGGAUGCAUGAGAUUCCCUUCACAUAAGUGCUUUUCGUGUUUCUUUGGAUAGCAUCAGUGCAACUUCCUGCGUGCACGGUGCUAGCGUUUUCUCGUUCAUGACCAGGGUACAACAGCAUAUCUCCCUAACCUAACCUCUUCUGUCCAGCUUGGGUCUAAUAGGUGUCACUUAUUCUGAUAACUACUAAGUUGUACCUUCUCAUUUCCGUAGCUAUCUGACUGGUCCUCUCGGUCUCCCACAUUGUCCAAUCAUUCCAGGUAUCCAUAUUAAUUGUUCAUUCAGGUUGUUAAAAGGAGUAUCUGCCGAGUGACUUCCGAAGAAUCUCGGCUUUCGCUAUAAGCCGUUAUAAUUCUUUUAAAUGAAGAUCCUUCAACUUUCGGGACAAAUGCCCUGGUACGGCCGAGAGUGAGGAGGGUCCGCUCUACUUCUCGAAAUGCUCUCACAUGGCCACGCGUAUAUAGCCUCUGCCAGGGAAGUCCUACUCAUUGCCUUCUCGUGGCGGGGGUGUUGUUUAUGAAUUUUAAAAGACCAAAAGCGAAUGUCCGGCGCUUUAACCGGGUUGGUAGACAUGGAGAGUUCACCUAGUGGAGUUGGAAAACCCUGAUUGCAACCCGAUGGUGCACAUGGGCUGUCUCCAGUAUCCUGAGCGAACAAAUGGCGUAUGAACCAAUCGUUGGUCACCGGCUACCAUGGGACUGCAUCUCUUUACGAUGCUCCAUUGCCUUGUGGAUCGAAGGCUCCGGUUGUGGCCCGCCGAGGAAACCACCUGCUUCGGUUUGGGCACCCGAGCAGUAUCACAGCCCUCACACAUAUCAAAUGAGAUCUCUGUGGCGCAUAUCUAUUUGGUGCCUCCUUGUACCAAUAUCUAUGUGUUAAAAUAAAUAAAUAAUAAUUAAGUGGUUUAGAUUUUUUUCUGGUUGGCGUCUUUUAGUAAGAUUAUUUUCUAUGAAAUGAGGUUGCUGACUUCAUGUCCAACCCCUCUCAUCUGGGCUAAGGAUCGGUAGUAACCCCAGAAAGCCUAUUGUCGUAUUGGGAUUUGACAUGUAUAGAACCAUUAAAAUAAAACUCUCUCAGUAGUUUGGCAUUCUUCUAAUCCCUUGGUAUCAUAUUGCCACAUGAAAUGUCGGUCAUUUUAAUCAAACUUCAUCUUCAUAUCACGGAAUAUGUUUGGAGUUGUAUUUCGUAAGGGUCAUUUUCCAGUCUCACAAGUUUUCACAAGUUGUUUUAAUUUGUUUGAACUUUGUGGAACUCAUGUGACAUAUAUGUUGCGUUUUUAAGUACCUAGGCAUAAAAGAAUUUGAUUAUAUACUGUCGUUUUAAUAUGGAUAUCAUCUUUACAGUUUUGGUCCUAAUAAUUGAAAUCAACGAUAACUAUAUAUAGAAUAUUGUUCUCGGUAGGUUCUCAUUAAGUUACAUAAUUAAAUAUCCACAUUAAUGUUCCCGAAGAAGCAUUUUUACUGCAAAUAUAUCUAAGAGUUAUAGCACAUGAAUUUCAGAUUUGUUAACAAAAUAACGCAAAAUUGUUAGUAUGUACUAUUGACUUCCAUAAGUUUAUACGUUAAAUAAUAGUCAGAAUAACUACAAAUAAUAGAGCGAAGGGACUAAUCAUACAAUUGCGAACCAAACUAAACGUUUCUUUAAAGACGAAGUAACUCAUGAAGUUAUAUAAAGUUAGUAAGAGAUAGCAAAUUGGGUGAGUGGUCAUUAAAUUUUCCAUAUAUUUACGUGAUAUUAAUAAUCCAAAGAUAUUUGAAUUAUAACAAUAUCUGAAUAAGAUAAAAUUAUUAAUGAAGACUUAAAAUAGAAGGCUCUACGUAUAUUAGUCAAACUGGUUUCUUUCAUAACUGAAAUGCUUAUUGACUUACUGUGUUCAAGGUUUACCAUGGUAACAGAAGCUGUGGAAGAUGUUUCUUUUGUACACAAAACUCUAAUCUUUCAAUGUGAAUAGCUUCUGCUGUUUGAAGGAUUUUAAGUCUGAUAGAUUUUGGCCGAAAAUUACUAACAUUACAAUCUGCGGGGAACGAUUGAUGUGCACUGCUAGUAUAACCCGUUUGAAUUGAAUGAAGUAGUAAGGUAAUGAAUCUUCGUUAACUGUGGUGGCUUGAACAUAUUUGACUCAUGUUCAACCACUGUCUACGCCGAUAAGUGAUAUAUUAUGUAGGAACAGGUUGGAAGAAAGCUAGGGGCUGCUAAACCUAUGUAUGGCAUCAUUCGAUGUGGUCACUGAUUGUCGGACCGAGUAAUGUAGUUAGGUGUAGACUAUCUAGUUAGGUACAGUGUGGUUAUCGUAACCAUUGAUAGAGAUGUUACAUAAGAUGACUUAGGAUCGAUGGCAUUGGGACAUAUGCUUUCACUCGUCUUUUUUCUCAGAUCUUGAUUCCCACAAUCUUAUACUUUCUUUAUGUAAUCUUUUUUGUUACCAUUGAUGCCGUUAGUAUUCCUACCACUCUGGGAUAUGACUGAGUAAUUUUUUCUGGGUAUUUCAAUGUAGUUUGGGAAUGUGAAUCGAUGUACAUGUAUAUCAGAUUUCAUGUUGCAUAUAACUGACUGACUGAAGUGGGAAAGUGUUUAGCUGAAAGUUUUCACUGCAGUGAAAAAGUGAAUCCUUAAAACAUUUGCUAGUGUAACUUGCUUCACAUGAUCAAGUGAGCGGAUAGAUAUAAAAAUCGUGGCUGGUUUAGGCAAUUUAUCUCAGUCUGGAUAGAAAAUAUUAGUUGUGGUUUUCCCACGUCUAACGUUUCUUAAAUUGUUCUGCGUAACCUCAUAAUUAAAAUUUCUCCGGGUACGUUACCUCUAAAUAGCAGGUUCAUAAAUAGCUCAUACCGUUCCGACUUAAUUUUGUUUUACUGUCGUAACUAAGCGCUUGCUUAUUAAGUUUUGGUCAACUUAUGGUUUAGAAUGAAGGUGAAUCACCUGUAACUUUCAAAAGAACCGGUACCAGUUACACAGGAGAUUUAAAGUCUUCACAGUUUCACGUUAAACCAGCUUAUCUAAGCGAUAAAGGCCGUCGUACUAUUGUUUCGCCCCGUGAAGAAGGAGAGGCUUAUUCAGAUGAUGAAAAUGAUUCUGGUAUGCCACCAGUUGAUUCAAAGCGUGAAUAUAACAGCAAACAAAUAACUCAUUUUGAUAAAGAAGAGGGUGAGGCAUCUAGUGAAGAGGACCGACGUUAUGAGAAUUCAAAGCGGGAAAAAUCAGGUUCCAGUAAAUAUCCUCCAGGGAACACAAAUUUGACACUUGAGGAACAUCAAUAUCGGAACCGUUUACAUGAAAGAUAUGAACGACGUGAGCGUGAGAAGAAGAGAAUACGCGAUAACAUAGAUCCAGAGUCAAUGCAUGGGUCGAACCAACAUGGACGUCCAUUAUAUUACAAAGAAAAUUCUACCUCCAGCAGUGAAAGAGAAGGUGUCCACUCUAAUCCAAAAGUGGAAGACUCAGAAGUUAAUCGGAAGUAUCAGUCUUCGAAACAAUCGGAUUCAAAGCAGAGAGAUCGUAUAUUAGUGUCUACGGUUAAUCAAACAUUAGAAAAUUCACCUCAAGACAAUCGACAAUACAAAACAGCUUUACAAGUAGAACGCGAGGAAUAUGUGCUAAAAUAUGGUCAAAAUCAAUCAAGUUGUGUUACUGUAACUGAUAGAAUGAUUGAAUCGCAAACUAUUUAUACAGAUGAACUAAAUCCUUCACAAUCAGAGAUAAAUCGUAAAUCGAAAUCUAAAAAUCUAAACGUGAUCGAAAAGAAAAAGAGCAGAAGAUGACAUCAAAAAGUCGAGAGGUGACAACAUUAAAAGUUAAAAAGGAAAGUAAGCAACGAAAAAUUCAAUCUGGUAAUAGUAGUAGUCAUUUAGACUACAAUACUUGGGAGUCAAUUCAAAAAUAUACCAAACUUCCAGAUCGUCAUCAUGGAUCCCUCCAACAUAGUCGUUCAGGUUCAUUAGAUUCCAUAUCUUCCGCUUCAUCUCAACUAAGUAAAGUUUCUGCAUACACUGGUUGUUCAUCACACUCAUCACCUUUGGGAUAUCGUAAGUCAUCAACAUCAUUAACAAGUGGUCAACAACUUCGACGCUCUUCUCAAUCACCCAAUGAUCUUGAUGAAUCAUAUACCUAUUCUAAGAAACGUUAUCAUCGUGAAGCUAGAGAAACUGCUCCACCACCUGAAUCUACACGUCAUUAUAUUGGUCCAAAUCAAAUAUCGGUAAAAAUGAAACAUAAGCGUAAAGGUGACAAACGUGAAACAUCUGAAAGUAUUAAUUAUGGAGUAAAUUUGGCUAGUAAACGUGAAAAACUAUCACAAGACAAUGAAAAUCAUGAAUUACAAAUAGAAGAUUCACAUACACACUCAACCACUGGACGCACCAAAAGUAAAAUGUCAAAAUCUCUUGGAACAGAAUCUAGUAAACACAAAAACACUCAUCUAAGAGUUCGAAAAUGAAAAACAAUCGAUCAACAAUGAGAAAGAUAUCAUCCACUUCAAAACUGGAAGGAGACUAUGAACAAAGUAGUCGCAAUCUCUAUAAGUUAGUAGUAAAUAAACCCGAAGGUGGUGAACAGUAUUCAGAAGAAAGUGACUCAGAUCCACACAAUAUCAAUGAUAAUAGCAAUAGUCGACGAAAUAAUCAUGACAUUAGUUAUAACAAGAUAGCAGAUAUUGAUAUCAAUGAGAAAGCUGGUGGAAAAUCUAAGGAAAUGAAUGUAUUAUUUCCUGCUGGAAAUAAAAUAAUUGGGAAUGAUAUAAAAGGUGAAUUUAACAGACUACCACCUCCUCCGCGUUAUCCGGGUUAUUCGGAAUCUUCAUCUGAAUGUGAAGAAGGUGGAGUACCCGAUAAUGGUUUUUGGAUGAUGAUGAUGACGAUAUCAAUGAUCAUAAACUUGAUGAUGUUGAACUUCAUAAAGACGAUGAUGUUGUUAAUGAUGAUGAAAUCAGUUCCUUUAAGAAUAAACCACCUGGGAAGCCAUUCUAUUUCCCAUCUAUACAAGGUUGUAGAUCAGUAGAAGAAUUUGAAUGUCUCAAUCGUAUUGAAGAAGGCACUUAUGGUGUUGUCUAUCGAGCACGUGAUAAAAAAGUGAAUGAAAUUGUUGCAUUGAAACGUUUAAAAAUGGAGAAAGAACGUGAUGGUUUCCCAAUUACAUCAUUACGUGAAAUAAAUAUGUUAAUGAAAGCUCAACAUGAAAACAUUGUUACUGUACGUGAAGUAGUAGUUGGCAGUAAUAUGGAUAAAAUCUAUUUAGUUAUGGAUUAUGUUGAACAUGAUUUAAAAUCAUUAAUGGAGAUUAUGAAUGGUCCUUUCAGUGUUGGUGAAGUGAAAUGUUUACUUGUACAAUUACUAAGAGCAGUUAGUCAUCUACAUGAUAAUUGGAUAUUACAUCGAGAUUUAAAAACUUCAAAUCUUCUGUUAAGUCAUCAAGGAAUUUUAAAGGUAGGAGAUUUCGGCUUGGCUCGUGAAUAUGGCUCUCCACUGAAACAUUAUACAGAAGUUGUUGUCACCUUAUGGUAUCGAGCACCGGAGCUGUUACUAGGUACCAAACAAUAUACUUGUCCAAUUGACUUAUGGUCAGUUGGUUGUAUUUUCGCUGAAUUCUUACUACAACGACCAUUAUUCCCUGGGAAAGGUGAAGUGGAUGAAUUAAACAUUAUUUUUCGAGAUUUGGGCACACCAACAGAACGUAUUUGGCCAGGUGUAUCUCAGUUGCCUGGAAUUAAAAAAUGUGUUUUUACUGAAUAUCCGUAUAAUCAAUUAAGACGAAGAUUUACUGAAAAACAAAUAUCUGAUCAAGGCUUUGAUUUAUUGAAUAGCUUCCUUACAUAUUGUCCAGAUAAACGGAUUACCGCAGAAAAAGCACUUGUUCAUCCAUAUUUCAACGAACGUCCUCGUGCUAUCCAUCCAUCAAUGUUUCCAAGUUGGCCAGCAAAGUCUGAAGGUGGUGUUGCAGUGAAAAGAGCAUCACCUAGAGCACCUGCUGGCGGUGGUGCUCUGGCAGCGGCUGCAGCUGCUGUUGCUGCUGCCGCAGCAGCAGCGGCAUCAUCAUUGGCCACAACAAGUGGUAGUCGUGUAAGGUAUCAGCCUCCGGCGCCUCCUAUGGGAGGUCAACGGUUUUAUAGCAAUAUGUCGGAUUCACGUCCAGGUACAGCAAAUCAAGGAUCAGGUGAUGCUUUUACUACUAGUGGUGUAGAUAAAGGAUUCUUACUGCGUUUUUGAACUGUUCCUAUUGUUAGAAGUUCAGAUAUCCUCUCUUUCCCUUCCUCGCUUUCUCUAUAUCUCUCUUUGAUCCAAUUCCUUGUACAGAAAAGACUUAAAACUCUUGCUUUUGGAUUGUAACUUGUUCCUAAAAAAAUGUAUAUGUAUUGUAUUAAAAAAAAAACUUAUUUUGCCAUUUACUGUUUUCUUUUAUUAACUAACUACUUUUGUUUGAGUUGUAUAAUGUUAUGUUAUGGGUUAUUACGAAUUGUGUUAUAGAACUCCGGAUAAAUUUUGCUGUGUAUUGUUGUUUCUAUCGUAUAUGUUUGCGAGUGUAGAUAAUCGAUUUUAUUUAUCCUAACCGAAUUUAGCCUAAUUUUCUAUACAAUAAUCAUCCAUAUCAUGUGUAAAGAACUCUUCAUAUAAAGUGGUCUGAUCAAAACAUUUAAGCUAUCUGUUUUCCCAGUCUUCAAAUUUUUCUGUUAAAUAUGUUCAUAAGUUACUAGUAUUUGAUCAUAGGUACUUUCAAAGCAUUGCUUAGGUUUGUUUGGACAACUUAGUGAACAGUGCUGAGGUUAGGCUCAGAUUACUGGGUCGAACUGACAAUUCAAUUGAUGAGGUAAUGAGUUUCCAUCGAAGUGUAUUAGAUAUUCUCGAUCAUCAUCGUUUAAAUAAAUAAUAAUAAUAAUAAUAAUCAUCGUUUAUCUCGGCUGGCGAUGUAUACUAGUUUAAAAGUAGGUUAGAAAAAAGUUGUCAGCUCUGCAUCAAGAAGUGUGUUCAGUCCGUGAAGUCCGUAUCUAAUAGAUUAAUCCUUCCGAAUAGUAACAUGCUACUUGAAUAGGGUCCUUUCGAUUAGUGGUUGGAUACAUUGGGUGAAAUGACUCCAAAGCGUCCUAAUGGUGCAGAUAGGUUUAAUCUUUGUCUUAAAAUAGCUAUAUUAUUACACCGCAAAUGUAUUCCUAAAUCGAUACACAUUUCUCGUAUUCUAUAUUUUUGACUGAUUUAAGUUGACUGAUAUACUGUUCAUUUUUACCGGCUAGUGUACGAAUGUUAUUUCAUGAAAACCAUCGCAAGUGCUUAAUACUAAAUAAUCUCAGCUCAGCUUUCAGUGGUUGCUACAUUUUAUACAUCGUUUGUUCUGUCUGUCUGAACCGUGUUAGUAAGUAUAUUGCUUGUUGUAGGUAUCAGGUUAUAGAGAUUGUUGAAUUUCAUUGAAAUCUUGAACCGGAAGCACCAAACAAAUAUGCGCCAUAUAAAUCAUUGGAUUUAUAUGAGGACCGGGAUACUGCCUGGGUGCCUAAACUGAAAUCUUGAACCAACCUAAGUUAGACCACCAUUGAAAACCUGGGAGCACUGGAUGGCUGUUUUUUUCGUAAUAUGCAACUCCUCAACAGUGCUAAUCCGUGAUCCAUCACACUUCCAGCUUUUCAAUGGUGUCCUUAGAUCGGUUCAACUUUUCAAUGAUAUUGUCUUUUGUUAACUAACCAUUCCUAUGAGCGCAAGUGUGACAAGGGGACAGUAUUCAUCAACAUAGAGUUUUGCGUCCGAUUUGUACAGUUCGAUACUCAUCAGCAUGGUAUAUCUACGAUUUAAAGCCAACAACAGAAACAUUUCUCUCUAUUAUAUUUAUUAAUGGCAUAUGCAUAUAUUCUCUUUCUUGUUUCAGUAGUUACCUCAUCUGUUUUUCACAGUUAUCGGUUAAUUGGUUGGUGAUCAAUGAUUAUCAUAUAUGUGGAUGGAAUCAUCGUAUCAUAGUUAUCUGAAACGAUGACAUUGUUUUAUACACCACAAUCAUCACUAUUAUCAUCUUCAUCUUCAUAGUUAUUGCAUAAGGGCAACAACACCAAUAUCUUUGAUAUAACAAAUGAUUUUAUCUGAUGAUGAUGAUGAUCUUCAUUUCACUUUUGAUGAAAUACAAAGAGAAUUAACUAAUUUAGGUGUAGUCGGUUUAAAUAAUCAACAAUUAAUUCACUUAAAAAAUGAUUUAGAUUUAUUAAUUAAUAAAGAGAAAUAUGCAUUGCAUCAUUUCAACCACCACCACCACCAGCAACAACAACAACCAUCUCAAUCAGUAACAACUAAUGGUAUUUCUAUGAAUGAUGGUGAUACCUAUCAACAAAUUGAUGAUAAUAAUCAUAUUACUACUGAUAAUUCUAAAAGAAUUGUAUCGUAUCUAUCUAAAUCUCCUAUCGUUUCCUCUUCUUCUCCUCCUCCUCCUCCAUCAUCAUCAUCGUCGUCAUCAUCAUGUUUUUCUGUGACAUCUGAGGACUUUACACAUUAUAAUACAAACAGUUAUGAUUGUAAUAGCGUGAACAAUCCAUUAAAGAAAUUCAAUGAUCAUACAAUACUAAAUGAUUCAAUUAAAUGUAAAUCAUCAAUAACGAAUAAUUAUUCUCUCAACUUGAAUGAAAGAAACAUAUCCAAUGAUAGUUCUGUAUCGAAUGUCGUACAAUUAUCACCUAAACAUCAUCAUGAACAUGAUCAUUGUCUACAUCAAAAACCAUAUUCUUCAACUGAUUCACAAAUAACAACCUGUUUUUCAACAACUAAGGAGGCAAUGAAUAAUCUUGACACCACAUCGAUCUCAUCAUCAUUAUCAUCAACAACUCUAUUACUGAAUGAACCUGAAAGUCAUUUUGAAGAGAAACAACAGAAACUUAAUCACCAUCACCACCACCACCACCACCAACGUCAACAGCAGAAACAUAUAGUUCAGUCUGGGAAUGAAUUGACCAGCAGUAAACAAUCUGUAAAUUUUAAAUAUUCUGAUGCUAAUGGACAACCUAUUCAUUCUGAAUCUUCUAUGAAAAAUCUUGACUUCGAACACCGUCUAAGUAAUGAAUUCAUACUUACACCAAUGAGAAUGAAAACAUCGUCAUCAACAGACAAAAACUACUGUCACCCGAAGUCUGUUUCUAAAGAUUCGUCUAAUCAGUUUAGAAGAUCGUCUGCAUAUCUUCAGCACCAACAUCAACAGCCACGUGAUUCUCAUCAACAUUUGCAUGAUGAUCAAGGAAGUCGGGAUAAAUUACAUGGAAAAUGUGAAUCGAUUAUUGAAAAGGUCACUGCACAUACUACAACUAAUGCAGAUCAACAUGACUUUCGUAGUAAUAAGUUGUUAGUAUCGAAUAAUAAAUUGGAAAAGACAUUAGGGUGUAAUAAAAUUGAUGAUAUUUUAAGUUCUAUUAAUUAUGAACGCCAAAAGUCUACUACUACCACGACGAAUUCUCCAAGAAGAUCGGCUCGAUUUCUUGAUAAUCCUGUUGAGCAAGUUCAUAAUGUACCACAACAACAGCGACGACCUAAAUCUGCACAACAUUGUCAAAAAGGGAAUGAUUGUUGUUGUUAUAAUGCUCGAUCAUUACAUUCUCAGAACUUACAACGACCGGUAUCAACUAGUACACAGAGACAAAAACAAGAUCCAGUUACAAAAUAUCAUUCAUAUCAAAGAAGCUGGUCGAUACAUUCUACACCCGGUGAAAAUGCACGACGUGUUCUACGUUGGAAUAUAAGAACAGCAAUGAUGCAUAGAGAAAUACCAUUGUUACAACGUAACUCCUCGGAAGUUAUUCGCCUCUUAGGUCCAUAUGCAUCAGCUUAUUUGGAGCAAGAAAGACAGAGACGAAUUAAAGCUUUACAACUUGAUUAUAUUCCACCAACUAGUAGACGUUAUGAUGAAUUACGUCAAAUUAUUCGUUCAUUAAUGGGAUAAAUUUCAUUAAAUUUAUAUAUCAAUCAAUUAACUGAAUAAUCUAGUUAUUCUAUUCAUUGUAUAAUCUCAUUGAAUAAUUUACUCUUGGUAAUAUACUUCAUCUAGAUAUAUAUCUUUCUUUAUAAGAAGGAUCUCACAUUCAAGAAGGAUUGAUAUCCUUUUUCAUUUGAAAAUGGUCAUAUAUCGUAUUUACUUUCUAUCAACCGGUGUUAUCAUUAUCAUUCCAUUGAUCCAAUUGUUUAAUAAACAAUCUAUUUCACUUUUUUUGUUUUCAUCAGUCGUUGUUGAACUAUGUUGUUUUUGUUGUUGUUGUUGUUGAUGAUAUAUUGUGCUUUUAUUUAGAUACCAUUGUCAUGUAUCUUAUAUGAUGAAAUUGAAUGUGAAAUGAGAAGGAG